AUGAAUAAAGAAAAUCGUAGUUCACAACUUUGGAGUAUUCUUGCAAGUGCAGUCAAGAGUGUUCACAGGGAACAAAGGCGUCUGGACAUUUGUGAUUGUGUUGAUGCGGACUACAUAUGGCUAGACCCCAUAGUCAUGAGGCUCUUCAAAGUACGCUUGCUAGAACAAACUGCAAAGGCGUCAGAUGAAAACAUAUUGUGGUUGGAACUGUCACCAUGUCCUGUAAUCACAACAUUUGAUAAUCUCACUGAUUUACCUACUGUCGUCUCGUCCUUACAUCUACACUUGUAUAAAACCUUUAGUGACUCCAAAUCGACAAAUUCUACCCAUACAAAUCCAUUGUUAGAUAUCUUAACUGGCUUCGAUAAUACAGGCAAUGUUCAAUUAUGGCCAAGCGAAAUUUUUUUAGCUCACAGUAUAUUUUUUGAAAAUCUUUACCCUGGUCUAUGGGAAGAAAUAUAUAUGAAUUUUAAAUUUUAUCCUAUCCAAAAAGUAUGCGAAUUAUGCGCUGGUAUGACUGGAGCUGCGGGUGUAGCUGUUUCCAUGCGUAAAUAUUCAACUAUAUUCCAGAUAUCUGAUGUGUUGAUCACAGAUGGCAAUGAUCGAUGUGUUUCUUCUAUCAUGUCUACUGUUGAUCAUCAUAAAGGGAGAUUAUCAAAUAUUGACGAAUCUUCUAUACCACAAAUCAAUAUUGAUGUAAAAAACAUCCGGUGGCCAAAAGAUUGCUGCGAAUCACCACCUGUUGCUGAGCUAACAGAAUCAUUAAUACACCAGUUUCACUUGAUUAUAGCAGCUGAUUGUUUCUUUAAUCAAGCAUACCAUAAAAGUAUGCUAAAUACAAUUCACAAACUGUUGUCUUUACGCUCUGGAUCAAUAUUUCUAGCUAUUGCACCUUUACGAGGUGACAGUUUAAUGAAUUUUGUCAAUUUAGCCUAUCAAUCUGAAACAGAUUACAAUUGGUCUGUAAAGAUGAAAUCACCUUCAGAGUAUUUACACUUACAAUUUAUAAGUUGUAUAAUUAAUGAAUCAAAUCGUGUUCAACUGACAGACAAUGAAUUAGAUAAACGCAUUGGACAUUUAGUUAUUUUGACACGAAAUUAA